UUUCCCCCACCACUCUCACUUCCUCGCGACUCCGCCCCUUCUCUCUCUAACUUUAGGUGCUGCCGGAAAGCGUCUGGGUUUGCGGCAGAAGGCAUGUGCAUUUAUACAUAUGAAGAUAGUGGAUAUUUUCAGUGACAAAUGAAAAUGGCUAACUCAUUAAGAGGAGAAGUUUUGACUCUUUAUAAAAAUCUGCUGUAUGUCGGAAGAGAAUAUCCAAAGGGAGCAGACUACUUUAAAAGACGUUUGAAGGCAGCUUUCCUUAAAAACAAAGAUGUGAAGGACCCAGAGAAGAUCAAAGAACUUAUUGCACGAGGAGAAUUUGUAAUAAAAGAGCUAGAAGCCUUGUACUUCCUUAGAAAAUACAGAGCUAUGAAGCAGCGCUACUAUGUAGAAGAUGACAAAACUAAGUGAAUUUUUAUUGUUGCAAAUAUAGGUUACUGCUUAGGCUGUCUGAGCAGUAAUUGGUGGCAUUUCUUUAUAUGUAAAUGAGAUAUUGCAGAAAAACUCUUAGUACACAGGAUGUAUACAAAAAUGCCCGAAUACCUGAACUGCCUUCCUCAACUUUAAAAAUUAUUUUAAUAGGUUCCAACUGAUACAACUAUAAAUUGAUAAUGAAAGCUUACUCAGCCAAGACUUGUGUCCUUGUUUUUUUAAUUAUAGCAUUUGUCAAAACAAUGAUUUAGCAAACAAUUCAUUGCUCAGUUUACUGAAUAGGAACUUUAAUCUCCUAUUAAUCAACAAUGAAAAUGUUCACUAGGCCUUAAAAAAAAUACCUUUAUUUUACAUGGAAUAUUUUAGUUAUCUUAACCAUUUUUUGUUUUGUAUUCAUUGAUUCUGUCACAAAGAAAAAAAUGGUAUUUUGCAUUGCAGAUUUUCCAAAGAUAUUAAAAUCUAGUUUUUCAUUCAGCCAA